AUGGCGCGGCGGGGCACGGAGUUCUUCCCGGACCUGGGCGCGCACUGCGACGAGGCCGAGUGCAACCAGCUGGACUUCCUCCCCUUCGAGUGCGACGGGUGCGGCGGGUCCUUCUGCGCGGCGCACCGCACGUACCGAGACCACGGCUGCGCCAAGGCCGCCGACCCGGGCCGCACCGUCGUGCUGUGCCCGGACUGCGGUGACUCCGUCGAGCGGGCGGCCCCAGGGCAGGCCGAACGGGACAUCCUGUACGCGCACGCGCGAUCGGGCCGCUGCGACCCGGCGAGGAAGCGCAAGCCGCAGUGCCCCGCGCCGCAGUGCAAGGAGGCGCUCACCUUAUGCAACACAACGCAGUGCAAGGGGUGCGACCUCAAGGUGUGCCUCAAGCAUCGGUUCCCGGCGGACCACGACUGCGCCGGCGCGGCGGCGGGAGGCUGUAAUGCCGCCUUCCACGGUGCAAUUUGCGGUGUUGUGGAACUCAUGAACAUUCAAAUGGCAUAUGACAAAGUUGACACAAAAUCAAGCCCGUGCAGUUUGAGCAUUGGCACCCAAGUGUGA